AUGGCUAGCACUGGGCCGGUACGGUCCAGACUCCAGGACUCUAUCGGGGAGUAUGAGCAGUUGUUCGACAAGAUGAAUCAGCACGCAGAGGUGGGCGACAUAGCCAGCGCUGAGAAAUGUCUGGCGCGGUGUCUCGCUGCGAUGCCUCAGAAGCGGCGCAUGAUUCACAACACCAUGCUGAAGGCGUGCGCCAAUGCCGGAGCCUUCCGCCGUGCUGUGCUGGUCUUCAGCAAGAUGUUGGCAGAUGGAGUGACCCCCUCCCCACGCACCUUCGGCAAGCUACUGACCUGCGCGGCACGCAGCGGCGAAGGACGUUGGCAGCAGCGCUUGAUGCAGGUGGCGCCCGAGUUGAGCCGCUUGGACGGCUGCAGCUGGGGCGCCUUGCUGGAUCAGCUGGCGCGUCAAGGGCAGACGGCCGAGGCGUUGAAGCUGAUCCAGGCCACUGGCAUGUCGUUGGACCAGAAGUCCAUCGGGACCAUGGUCACAGCCUUUGCCAAAGCGGCGCAACCCGAAGAGGCACAACAGUGGCUUCACAAGAUGUCGCCCCCCGACCUGGAAGCCUACAACAGCGUGGCGCACGGCUUCGCCAAACGGGGCCAGGUGGAGGAGGUGGAGAAAUGGCUGAAACGCGCUGAAGAUUUGUCCUUGGACCUGAGCAUGGUGAGUUACGGAUGCUUGGUGGAUGCUUGCGCCAAAGCCUCUUCUGCGCAGCUGGCUCUGCGCGCGCUGCAGCGCGCCAAAGACGCGAAGCUGCAGCCCAACGCCAUGACGUACAACGCGGCCAUGGACGCCUGCGCCAAGUGUGGCAACUUCGCCCAAGCCCAGGAGAUCUUCACCACCAUGCAGGACCAGCAGAUGGUCACCAUGGAAAGCGUGACAUCUUUGGUACGGGCUUCCAGCCGAGCAAAGAGACCUUGGCAGGAGUCCGAAGCCCUGCUCUGCAACACCCAGCACUCCGUGGCCUCCCUGCCGGGCACGGACCUGCGACUGCUGAACUGCGUGGUCGAAGCCUGUGCCAAGGCCAACGCCGUGGAUCGCUGCAUUUUCUGGCUGGACGAGAUGAAAUCCAAAGCGUUGGCGCCCAAUGUGAUAAGUUUUACCAGCGCCUUGAGUGGUUGCAAAGGGCCCGGCAGCAGGUUACAAGCCGAAGAGCUUUGCAGGCGUUUGCAAGCCUCGGGUGUGAAGCCAGAUGAUCGUUUGACACAGAUGGUCCAGCAGGUCUGUGGUACCGACUUCGCAAAGUUCCACGCUUCGCGGAUCCGGAAAAAAAAACACGACACGCUGCUGCUUUGCCCUCUGUUGGUUGCCACCAGGCCGAAGAUGCCAGGGUCCUACAAUGAUGUGGUCGCCAUUCGAGCAGCUCCUUCGGCCACUGCCGCGGUGUUGGACACCAUCCAUCCCGGCACCUUGAUUCGGAUCUCUGAGGUAGCUGCUGGCUGGGCACGCGUAGAUGACGAUGAGCUGUGGGCGAGAUGGACCUCCAAUUGGCCUCGAUGGCCCAAAGGUGUGACGGAAGAUGGCGAGGACACUGGAGCAGACAAGGUGGUUCCAGAAAAGGCCUUCAUUUUGGUGGAUGGCUCUCAGGUGGGCUUGAAGACCCAACUCUUGGAGCGGUUGUCGGAGGACGCUGAACUGGAGGCCACCCUUUUGGACCUGGAUCCCUAG